UGUGAAAAGGCGGAAGAAGAGACAAAAACAACGGCAGCAGGAAUAGUAGCAGCCCUCUGGCUCGGCGACGAUAGUUUAAGAGAGAGACGUCGGAGUAAUUUAACAAUUACCUGUUCGCUUUUACACACUACUGGGGGAUUUUGUUUGGUUUGAACUGUAGUUAUUGUUUACACUGAAUAACAAAAUGUCGCUGUUUGGUAAGAUAUUCGGUGGCGGGGGUAAGGGUGGUAAGGCGCCGACACCCCAGGAUGCGAUUCAGCGACUCAGGGAGACGGAAGAAAUGUUGGCCAAAAAACAGGAGUUUUUAGAGAAGAAAAUCGAACACGAGCUCCUGACAGCAAAGAAGAAUGGCACGAAAAACAAACGAGCGGCUCUACAGGCCUUGAAAAGGAAAAAGCGCUACGAGAAGCAGCUCACGCAGAUUGAUGGGACGUUAUCCACCAUCGAGUUCCAGAGGGAGGCUUUAGAAAACGCCAACACUAACACAGAAGUGCUCAAAAACAUGGGCUUUGCAGCUAAAGCUAUGAAGGCUGCGCAUGAAAACAUGGAUAUUGACAAAGUAGAUGAUCUGAUGGCAGAUAUCACAGAACAACAGGAGGUGGCCCAGGAAAUCUCAGAUGUCAUCUCCAGACCAGUCGGCUUUGGGGAAGACUAUGAUGAGGAUGAGCUUUUGGCUGAGCUGGAGGAUCUGGAACAGGAAGAGCUGGACAAAAAUCUUUUGGAAAUCGAAGGAAAAGAAGAUGUACCUCUACCCAGCGUACCAUCAACAUCACUUCCAUCGAGACCAGUUCCUGUUUGUUUCAGCCAAGAAGAAGGUGGAGGAAGACGAGGAUGAAAUGGCGGACCUCGAGGCCUGGGCAGCUAACUGAGCUAGCACACCCUGCUAGCUAGCUGUCAGCCCUCUGCUGUCUGUCUCUGUUACCGUACUAGUUCCAGACAUCUUGGAAGACAGACGGGGACUCCAGGCUGCGGCAUGCUGCUCUGUCUUAAAGCCUUCAUCUCAAUGUCUAACCAUACCCCCAACUGAUAGUGUGCACUUGUGCACAUGUUUACUGACUUAAAUGAAACAAAUCCAGGCUUUUUUUCUUCAAAAUGACUUUCUUUGCUCCAGCUGUGCACUCCUCUGUAUCUUAAGGGUCAAACGUGAAAGAAAAUGUCACUCCUAAUAGCCUGCGGUUAUGCCGUUAAAAUUCUCUGUACGAAACAGAGCAUGAGCAUGUAAGUGCAUACUGCCAGGAAAGGGCGUAUGGAGGAACAGGACGAGGCUUGUGUUUGGAAGAAUGUGAAGAAUCAACAGACGAGUGCAGGAAACGACAAAAAGAAAAGGAAGAAAAGACGGCCAUUUUUCUGCGUUGCCAUCUAUCUGCUUUGCUACAGACGUUGCGACAACCCAUCUUUGCUAAAUCCCAAAAACCUGAAAAAAAUAAAUUCUAAAUAUGUAGGACUUUUUCCUUCAGAUGUCGUGUCAAAUUACUAAAUGAAGACAUUCUGUUUAUGUGGAAAAAAAAUCUAGUCAAAUCUGCUGCUGAAGUUUCCAUCAAAAAAUUUAAGUUGCUUAUCAGGAUGAAUUUACUAAUAAAAAAAACAGGGUGGGGGAAUUUCAAACAUGAAUGUGAAAUCCCUUUUUAGUUUGGAUGUCAAGGAGUCACUUGAUACAAUGUGAGGAUUUGUUUUCUUUUAUAAGUGCUGAUCACUUUCUUUAGAUGGUGGAGUUGCUUUGAUUUGAGGGAUUAACUGUAAAUCUGGAUUUUUUCCACCUGCAGUUUGUUGAGCUCAGACCUGCUGAACUGAAGAUGCUUAUUAAGAAAUCUCUGAACUUUCUUCUCACUAAUAUAAGAUGCAAAAUUAUUUAAAUGGUUAAGGAUAAGGACAUUAUUAUCAAUCAUCUCAUCAAUACGUCCAUGCAUUUGUCAUGUUUUCACAGCUAUAAAUCAGGUGUACACAAUCGCUUCUUUAAGCUUGCACCAGUUUAUCAAAGUUGGUGUUUACAUUAAUCUCAUUGCGUGCAUCAGCAUGUUGGUCCUGUAGACUGCAGGUUGGGGUCUUUAGGCAUCAGACACGCUCACGCUUCUUUCCCAAAUGCAUUUCUGGUUGGGAUCUGAGAAGUUUGAAGGUCAAUCUGUUGCCUUGUCCUGCUCCUCAGAUCAGUCCUGAGCAGUUUUUGAGAGGACACACCAAAAUACUAGGACUUCUUGUUUGCCCCCAACAGAGCAUUGAGAUGAUCAUUGCCUGUCGAUGGUUUUGAAGUCGCAGUAGAUGUUUAAAUAUAUGACUAAAUCACUCCAUCUCAAUGCACUGAUCAUUUCAGUGCAGAUAAAAAUAAAAUAUAUAAAUAUUUCCCUAAAAUAAAAGGCAUGUUAGACGAAUUUGUCCACAAGACACACAUGCAACAGAAUUAUUCUUCUCUAGUAAGAAUCAGUAGAUGUUUUUUUUUUUUUCUAAUUUAUUGUCAAUUCUAUAAUAAAAUUGUUCUUUUAUAUUUAGCUCAAACAAUCAGCUGGUUAUAGCAGCAUGGCUGCUAGCAGGCACAUUACAACACUUUGGGGGGCUUCUCCCCAAACUAGAAAUAACUCGUGCCUGAAACCUUCAGCGCCUUGCUUGUCUGUGAUUUAACAAUGGCAAAAUGUGAGAAAAUCCUACACGAGUGUGUGUGUGUUUUCAGCCUUUUAGGAAAGCUGCUGUGCGUGAAGAUAAAAUUUAAGGUGGUUUUGUGAACUUCAGCUAUUUACCUGUAAAUUGCUUGAAGCACAUUGGGUGUGUGGGAUUUUUUUUUUUUUUUUAACCUGUUGAUCUUCCUGAUAAAAUCAUCAGUUUCUGCUCGCUGCACUUCCCUCCACCUGUUAGCACACGGGUCUGAAUGGCAGGAUCGGGGUUGAAUGUAAAUCAGUUGUGAUUUUACCUUAAACAUGACUUUGAUAAAGGUACAGUUUUAACACUUGACCCCGAUCCUUACAUUUAUAAACAUAAGCUUCCAUACUUUUUUAUAUUUACCUCAGAUAUUCAUGUGAUUUUUUUCUGGCUGUGUAGAACUUCGGCUACAGUGUGAUCUGUAGCUGGCUCUGCUCAGAGCUGUAGGAAGAGUUGGACAUUGGAGACUUUCAUGUGGCAGCCUUCUGCCUUCCUGCUGUGGGGUUGUAUACAGUUUAUCUAAAUAAAGUUGGGAUUCAAAGCA